AUGGCAUUCGGGGGAGUUGCAUGUGAAAGUAAAGCGUGUAGCCAAAUCGGCAUCAACUUGCUCGCUCACGGAGGAAAUGCUGUAGACGCAUGGGUUGGUACACAACUAUGUGUGGGUGUCAUUGGAAUGCAGCAUUCUGGUCUUGGGGGUGGCGGCUUCAGUCUCAUCCGAGACCAAUCCGGCAACUAUACUGUCAUCGACUAUCGAGAAGCAGCUCCAGCUGCGGCAUUUCAGGACAUGUACCUUGGAAAUGAAAGAGGAAGCGUUUUUUCCGGUCUCGCAGCUGCUGUGCCUGGUGAACUGCGCGGGCUAGAAAUCGCUCAUCAGAAGUUCGGUCGCCUACCAUGGCGGUCCGUCGUUCAUCCAGCAGCCAAUGUCGCAAGGCAUGGCUUUGAGGUCACGGAAGAUCUCGUUCGUUACAUGGAUUACGCGAUCAACUUUGCGAAGUGGAACUUCCUGGUCGAGGACCCGAGUUGGGCUAUUGAUUUCGCACCGUCUGGCAAGCUGGUCAAGUUUGGGGACGUCAUGACUCGGAAACGUUAUGCCGAUGUUCUUGACGCUGUUGCGGAUGGUGGUGCUGAAGUGUUCUACACUGGUCCCAUCGCCAAUUAUACAAUUGCAGCCCUUCAAGCAGAUAACGGCACCAUGACGCUGGAGGACAUGGAAAAUUACGAGGCAAUUGUCCGACAGCCUAUCAACAUCACGUACCGCGGCUACAAGCUCUUCUCUUCUGGUGCGCCUUCAAGUGGAGCCGUCUGUCUCAGUACACUCAAAACCAUGGAGACCUUUCCCACGGAUGACACACCCAAAUCGAACCUUACUCUUCACCGCUUCGUGGAGUCUAUGCGAUUUGCUUAUGGUGCCCAUCAACAGCUUGCUGAUCCUAGGUUUGUCCAAGAUGUUGAUUUGUUGGAGACUGUCAUGCUAUCUGAUUCUGGAGCUGCAGCAACCAGAGCGCACAUCUUCGACAAUACCACUCAACCAGUUGGACAUUAUCUGGCACAACCGUACUACACACAGCCGUCCCAUGGCACCUCACACAUCGUUGCUGUCGAUGCCAGCGGGAUGGCUGUCUCAUCAACUACAACCGUCAACACUCUCUUCGGCAACAUCGUCAUGGUUCCUGAGACGGGCAUCAUCCUAAACAAUCAGAUGAACGAUUUCUCAAUUCCUGGAAAGUCAAACGAGUUUGGGUAUGCACCGGCACCUGUAAACUUCAUUCGACCUGGCAAACGGCCUCUCAGCUCUAUUACGCCCGUCAUUGUUGAACACCCAAACGGCACCCUUUACGUCAGCGUAGGCGCAGCAGGCGGAAGCAGGAUUAUCAGUUCAACCACGCAGGUCGUCUGGCAUAUACUUGAACAAGGAAUGAACAUGACCACCGCCAUCAGGGAGCCUCGAUUCCACGAUCAACUCAUGCCAAACCUUCUUGCUGUUGAGUACAGCUUUGACAAUGCCUCGACCGCAAGUAUGCUUGAGAGGAAUCACAAUGUCACUUGGGUACGGGAAGGUGUCAGCGCCGUUCAAGGUGUUCUGAUCACGAGUGACACUUUCGAAGCUGUCGGUGAGCCGCGUCAGAAGAACAGUGGAGGUUUGGCUCUGUAG